AUGAACGGCAAACUUGUGGCUGUCCUGGCUCUUUUCCUGAUUUCAGCGGCUAUGUCUCAAGGUAGGACCCUGGCAAGGAUGGGAACCGAGCUGCGGUGCCAGUGCAUAGCCACUCAUUCGAAGUUCAUCCCUCCUAAAUCCAUCCAAGAUGUGAAGCUGACACAGAGCGGCCCCCACUGCAAGAACGUUGAAGUCAUAGCUACUCUGAAGGACGGCAGAGAGGUGUGCUUGGAGCCCACUGCUCCCUGGGUACAGCUGAUCGUAAAGGCGAUUUUGGCCAAGGCUCAAUUCAAUUCUGACUCGCCACUCUAA